GCAGCCAUGGCGGCUGCAGCUUCGGGGUUCUGUUUGCGGGCCCCCAGCAGGCUGCGCCUGCCCUUGACUGUUCGGCACGUAGGUGUAUGUGGACGGGCGCUCAGCUGCAGGCCUUAUUCUGGAAGUAUUGCUGUUUCAAAGGUUGAAGGAACUGAUACAACUGGGGUUGAAGAAGUGGUCAUUCCGAAAAAGAAAACAUGGGAUAAAGUGGCUGUUCUUCAAGCUCUUGCAUCCACAGUAAACAGGGAUGCCACAGCAGUCCCUUACGCCUUUCAGGAUGAUCCUUAUCUCAUACCAACAUCUUCCUUGGAAUCUCAUUCAUUUUUAUUGGCAAAGAAGUCUGGAGAGAAUGCAGCGAAGUUUAUUAUUAAUUCACAUCCUAAAUAUUUCCAGAAGGACAUAGCUGAACCUCAUAUACCGUGUUUAAUGCCCGAGUGCUUUGAACCUCAGAUUGAAGAUGUAAGUGAGGCCGCCCUGCAGGAACGUAUCAAGCUCAGAAGAGUGAAAGCUUCUGUAAACAUGUUUGAUCAGCUCUUACAAGCAGGAACUCCUGUGUCUCUGGAAACAACUAAUAGUCUCUUGGAUUUAUUGUGUUACUAUGGUGACCAAGAACCCUCUGCUUACCACCAUUUUCAGCAACAAUCAGAAGAGUUGGAAGAGACCACAGAGGAAGAUAGUGAGAAGCCAAAGAAGAGGCCUGUUCAUCAGUUAUACAAAUUGACUUGGAGGGCGAAAAACAAUGCUGAAAGAAUCUUUGCUCUAAUGCCAGAGAAAAAUGCACAUUCCUAUUGCACCAUGAUCCGAGGAAUGGUGAAGCACCGAGCUUAUACACAGGCAUUAGACUUAUACACCGAAUUAUUAAACAACAGACUCCAUGCCGAUGUUUACACUUUCAAUGCAUUGAUCGAAGCAACAACGUGGUUGACAAAUGAAAAAUUUGAAGGAAAGUGGAAUAGUGUACUGGAGCUGCUGAAACAAAUGGCUGCACAGAAUGUGAAACCAAAUCUACAGACUUUUAAUACCAUUCUGAAGUGUCUCCGAAGAUUUUAUGCAUUUGGAAAAUUGCCAGCCUUACAGACCUUUCGGGAGAUGAAAGCCAUCGGGAUAGAACCCUCGCUUGCAACGUAUCACUACCUUAUUCAGCUGUUUUAUCAACAUGAAAGUCCUUCGAAAGGUGCAUCCCUCAUAAUCUAUGAAAUCAUAAAAGAAAUGACAGGGAAGAAAUUUUCCCCAAUGGAUGUGGAUGACGAUAUGUUUUUUCAGUCAGCCAUGAAAGCUUGCUCAUCUCUGAAAGAUCUGGAGCUUGCUUAUCAAAUACAUGACCUUUUAAACACUGGAGAAAAUUGGAAAUUCAUUGGAUCUGACAAUCGACGUAAUUUCUACUAUUCUAAAUUUUUCAGUUUGAUUUGUCUCAUGGAACAAAUCGAUGUCACCUUGAAGUGGUAUAAGGACCUGAUACCUUCAGUCUUCUUUCCUCAUUCCCAAGCAAUAAUAGAUCUGCUUCAAGCACUGGACGUGGCUAAUCGGCUAGAAGUGAUUCCUCAAAUAUGGAAAGAUUGUAAAGAAUAUGGUCACACCUAUCGCAAUGACCUGAGAGAGGAGAUUUUGACACUCAUGGCAAGGGAUCAUCAUGUGCCAGAGCUUCAGGUGGCAUUCGCUGACUGUGGUGCUGACAUCAAAGCUACAUACGAGAGCCAAGAUGCCAAACAGACUCCUGAUUGGCCCGCCAACCCUCUCAACUGUAUAGUUGUCCUCCUCCUAAGGGCUGGGAGAGCCCAGGAAGCCUGGAAGAUGUUGGGGCUUUUUAGGAAGCAUAAUAAGAUUCCUAGAAACGACAUGCUGAAAGAACUCAUGGAUAGUGCCAAAGCUUCCAACAGUCCUGCGCAGGCCAUUGAGGUUGUGAAGCUGGCCCAGGCCUUCAGCUUACCUGUCUGUGAGAGCCUCACGCAAAGAGUGAUGACUGACUUCAAACUCAGCCAGGAGCAAAAGGAAGCUCUGGGAAACCUAAGUGCACUGAGCAGUGACAGCGAGAGUGACAGUGACAGCGACAUUGGUGGAAGCAAGUAAAAAUCAGAAGCAGCACUGGCUGGCUUAGUUGUUGAGAACUUAGUUCAUACUGAAUCAUGAUAUCAAAGAAAAGAAGACAGACUUGGUGUACUUGGAACUGACAGAACUCUUAGGCGGAAUUCCUGAUUGGAUACUGACCAUCCGUCCUGGCUGCACUGUUUAUGCUGUUCACAGUGGAACAUUCCAGCCCUUCUCGUUUUCCACACACCAAGGUGCGCGGCUUCUGGUGUCACUGUAAACUCUGCACUUACGGACUGACAGCACAUUGUCAUCAAUAGCCUUUGUAUGUGAUGCUGUGGUACUUCAGCUUCAGAGAAAGUGGUAAUCCAAGGAUUGGUGUUGAGUUUGUGGUCUCCCUGUUUCAGGGAUGUUAAAUGUGAAAAGCCAUACAUCUUUGUAAAUAAAUA